UAGGAAGAAUGACUCUGGAGUCCAUCAUGGCGUGCUGCCUGAGCGAGGAAGCCAAGGAAGCCCGGCGGAUCAACGACGAGAUCGAGCGGCAGCUGCGUCGGGACAAGCGGGACGCCCGCCGCGAGCUGAAGCUGCUGCUGCUGGGCACAGGAGAGAGUGGCAAAAGCACAUUUAUCAAGCAGAUGAGAAUCAUUCAUGGAUCAGGUUACUCUGAUGAAGACAAAAGGGGCUUUACAAAACUGGUGUACCAGAAUAUAUUUACAGCAAUGCAGGCCAUGAUCAAGGCCAUGGAUACCCUCAAAAUCCCAUACAAGUGUGAAAAUAACAAGGUUCAUGCACUUUUAGUUCGAGAAGUUGAUGUAGAGAAGGUGUCGAGUUUUGAGAAUCCAUAUGUAGAUGCAAUAAGAAGCUUAUGGAAUGACCCUGGAAUUCAGGAGUGUUACGAUAGACGACGGGAAUAUCAAUUAUCAGAUUCAACUAAAUACUAUCUUAAUGAUUUGGACCGCAUAGCAGAUUCCACCUAUCUGCCAACCCAGCAGGAUGUGCUCAGAGUUCGAGUCCCAACAACAGGGAUCAUUGAAUAUCCAUUUGAUCUACAAAGCGUCAUUUUCAGAAUGGUGGAUGUAGGAGGCCAACGAUCAGAAAGAAGAAAAUGGAUACAUUGCUUUGAAAAUGUCACAUCUAUCAUGUUCCUAGUAGCUCUUAGUGAAUAUGAUCAAGUGCUUGUGGAGUCAGAUAAUGAGAAUCGAAUGGAAGAAAGCAAAGCACUCUUUAGGACAAUUAUCACGUAUCCGUGGUUCCAGAACUCAUCAGUUAUUCUGUUCUUAAAUAAAAAAGAUCUACUAGAGGAGAAAAUUAUGUACUCCCAUCUAGUUGAUUAUUUUCCAGAGUAUGAUGGACCACAGCGGGAUGCACAGGCAGCACGAGAGUUCAUCCUGAAGAUGUUUGUAGACCUGAAUCCAGACAGUGACAAAAUUAUCUACUCUCACUUCACAUGUGCUACAGACACAGAGAACAUCCGCUUCGUCUUUGCUGCUGUCAAGGACACAAUCCUACAGUUAAACCUGAAGGAGUACAACCUGGUUUAACUGUACCUGGGGGAUCCUCAAAAACCAACUUUCCAUGAUUGAAGAUACACAAGAGGGACUGUAUUAUAAUCUGUGAAAACAAUUUGCAUAAUACUAAUUUAUUGCUGGCCUGGACUCUGUGAACGUCCACAGAGUUUGUAGUUAAUAUUAUGAUUUUAUUUAAAAUACAUGGAGGAAAAACAAAAGAUGCUGAAGUACAUUCACAGCACAUUUCCUCAUUUUUUAGGCAAAACCUUGUGACUCAGUGUGUUUCAAAUUCUCAGUUGUUAAUUUACAAAGGAUGGCAGUUUUUUGCUGUUGAAGCAAAAUUGAGCUGGUUUCCUCUUUCUCUAACCCUUUCUCUUCUCCUCCUUUCCUACUCCUCUUAUCUUUUAAAAGGUACAAUGGCCUUUUUUUUUCUCCGAGUUCCAUUCCUGGGUGAAAUAUUUUCUGUUGAGUGAUCUGAUCAGUAAAACACUAUCAUAACAGUUUAAGUCAUCAGUCAUUCUAAUUUUACAGUAUGUACUUUCUUUGAAGGAUCAAAAAGUAUUGAUACUGUGAUUUUUAAAUUCUUUACAUGGGUGUCUUCAUUCUGUCUUCACUUCUGAGACUAGAAUAUUGGGAUUGCAAAGCAGAAUUACAGUUGUCUAAGGAUAAUUAAUUUAACCAUAGUUUUACAGUUAAGAAAGGUGCAAAGAAGACAGUAAUGAGGUAAUUAAGACACAAUCUGGGAUAUCCGUGGAAUAUGUUACAACCUCUUUUUAAUUGCCAUGUGCCAUUUUUUUCUCUCUUCUUUUGUUCACAAAUGCCAAAUAGAAAAAUCAUAGACACUACAGUUUCCCCAGUGGCUAUAGCCUGAAACAGUGUUUUUCUCAGUUGUGUGGGGUGUUUUUUCUUAAGUUAGAGCUUUUUUAAGUGUUCUUUUUCCACAGUAGAAAAAUUAUUUUUAUUAUACAAAAUUCAUGUUGCCAAAUCUGGCUUUUUAUAAAACCAAUGCGUUUGAAACAUAAGAUACUGAUUGAAAUGCCAAAUGGAUGGGUUGGGAACUGACCUGAUUGAAUCAACUGCCAAGUUAUUAACACACACAGUUUGAGCUCAUAUGUUCCCUUUUUUAGAAAGUGUACCGUUUUCUAAUACCAAAACCAACCUGUAAGUGAAUAUGCUAUGAGGUGUACCAUGCACCCACAUGUAGUCUAGUAAUUUGAAGACAGUUGAGAUCUCUCAUUUUGUCACUUAUGACAUGAGAUUUUUUUCUGAAUAAUGUCAAGGCACCUUCAGUUGUAUUACAAGAAGUUAUUGAUGAGAGAUCAUGUUCAGGAACCUUUUUUGAUAAGGUUGAUUGUUAAUUGAUUCACAGGCAUUUGAUAGGCUUUUGUGCAAAAUAGCCUCUCUCAAUGUUCUUUACAGCAGAUUUAUAAAUGUAAAUGAAGCAGUGAGAAAAUCAUUCUUGAAAUUUAAAUGUGCAAUUUUUUAACAACAAAAGUGCAGCACACAUUGAUGAGCCUUUAUUCUGCAGCUUAGGUUGAAAGGUGUUUUUUGACCAGGUGCAUGAUUGCUAGGAAGAAAACUCUAGAGUACAGACAUGUAAUUGGAUUGAUUAUCUAUAAUGCCAACUGGCACUAGAGUGCACUUAACACAAAAAUGGCUGCCAUGUAGCAGCAAAUGGGAGGUGGAAAAAAGAAUGGCUUAUUAGUUGAUUACCAAAGUUAACAAUAAAUACUAAUGAGAUGUUUUUCAUCCUUAACCUGCCCAAAUCCAAAAUAAUAAGAACAGUUGCUAUUUUUUGCUCCCUCUUAAAACACCUUGUAAUUUAAAACUGGUUGUAGGUAUAGUGCAAUUAUGAAUGCUAAAGUCAUUGUACAUACAUAUAUAUAUAUAUAUAUAUAUGGCAGCAUCCAUAUUGGCUUUGUAAUCAUUAAUUUUUGGCAAAUUGAUUGUGCUGUAUUGAUAUGUAUCUAUGUAAUUGUAUUGUAUGUCUUAUAGCUAAUUCACAUUUUAAAUAAUGUUAUUUUAUUUACUUUUUUAAGAGAGAAGAAUGUAAAUUUUGUCAGUUUAUUUCUGACUAGGGAUUUGUUGUUGUUUUUAUUUACAAAACGAAAUACUAUAGUACAGAGCGGUACUAGCAUCGUGCUGUAUAAAAUCAUUUGCACAUUCCUGAGUAGAAGUAAAUUGGAGACACCAAGACAGAGAUGAUUCACAUUCAAAGCAAUGCUCAAAUCUUGUCAGGGCUUUAUACAGCUGUUGAAAAAAAUCCUAUUGGAAUAACGUAUGCCAUUAUAUCUCAUAUUGGAACAUAAGCUUGAAAUAUAAUUUUUAUUUGACUGAUUCACAUUAGGUUACUUUCACUUUUCUAAUAGCUUUAUUGGAAAAGUAAAUUCAGAGAUAUUUCAAACCAUUGUAUGUAAGUGCUAAUGCAGAUGUAUUGUUGCCCUAAAAAUACCAUGAUAAAAUGCGAAACAUCAGAUCAGUUUUUCAGAAAUUGUGGAAACCUUAGGUAUAAAAACAACAACCAAAAGGUCACUAUUGUUAAUGAUUUUAAACAGUUGAAGUGCUUUAUUUAAUGAAGCUAAAGCAAGUAGAUCUAGAUUAUAAAAAGUGACACUGACAUUCUGAAUAGGGGAUCAGAGCAGUGACUCUUUCUUAAUACAGCUUAAAAAUGGUCCUGAUCAUAAUAUAAGUGCAACAAAGCUUCUGUUUUCACAGUUCCACUGUUGAUAAUAUCCCUUUCUUAUUGCCUGGGAAUACAUUGUCUGCAUUGGAUUCAGUGCUAUAAAUGGAACUGUAGCCAAAAAAGGAAGGGAAAAAAAAUUUAAAAAAAAAAAGAAAAAAA